AGCCAGAGCCCGGGGAGCAGAGCGUGGUGGGGAGGGCAGCGGGGUAGGCGAUCCAGGAAACGGCGGCGCCGCGGCCUCUCCCCACCAGGCGGCCCCGGAUCCUACUGGACACCCCGAGGGCACACCGACCCCGCCUUUAGAGUCACCCCACGCCGACCCCUCCCCUCUUGACUUCUUUCCAUCCUUCUAGACUUUACCCUCCCCACCCUUCCCUGGACCGGCCCUUCUCGGCACCCCUCUUCCCCAGGGAGAUGCGAUGAGCCGGUGCCCCCGCGUCCUCAUCGCCACCCCGGGCACGGUGCCCGUCCAGUGCCCGUGGUGGGGAGAGAGCACCCCGCGUUCCCUCCGUGACGCCCCUCCCUUGGGCCCCCCCUCAGCUGGUGUCCCAGGGCCAUGCCCCAGGGGACCCAGCCAGGGGGUGGGUUCUAGAGCGAGGGGGGCGGAGAGGAGAAAGGACGAGGCCUUGGUCGCCAUCGCCUUUGAGAUGCUCCCAAGCGCCAGGGGGUGCCGAGGGAGGCGCAGGCAACCAGGCGGCAGGCAUGAUGCCCUCGCCUAGUGACUCCAGCCGCUCGCUGACUAGCCGGCCCAGCACCCGGGGCCUUACCCACCUCCGCCUCCACCGACCCUGGCUGCAGGCCCUGCUCACUCUGGGGCUUGCCCAGGUGCUCCUGGGCAUCCUGGUGGUCACCUUCAGCAUGGUGGCCUCCUCCGUCACCACCACCGAGAGCAUCAAGAGGUCCUGCCCCUCUUGGGCUGGAUUCUCGCUGGCGUUCUCCGGCGUGGUUGGCAUUGUGUCCUGGAAACGGCCAUUCACUCUAGUGAUCUCCUUCUUCUCCUUGCUUUCGGUGCUCUGUGUCAUGCUCAGCAUGGCUGGCUCUGUUCUCUCCUGUAAGAACGCUCAGCUGGCCCGAGACUUCCAAGAGUGCUCCAUGGAUGGAAAGGUCUGUGUGUGCUGUCCCUCUGUUCCCCUACUCCGGCCCUGUCCAGAGUCGGGACAGGAACUGAAAGUUGCCCCUAACUCCACCUGUGAUGAAGCCCGAGGGGCCCUUAAGAACCUGCUCUUCAGUGUCUGUGGGCUCACCAUUUGUGCCACCAUAGCCUGUACUCUCUCUGCUAUUGUCUGCUGCAUCCAAAUCUUCUCCCUGGACCUUGUGCACACGCAGCUGGCCCCAGAGCGCUCAGUCUCAGGCCCCUUGGGGCCUCUGGGCUGUACCUCCUCACCUCCAGCUCCUCUCCUACACACCAUGCUGGACUUGGAGGAAUUUGUACCGCCUGUGCCCCCACCACCCUACUAUCCCCCAGAAUACACCUGCAGCUCAGAAACAGAUGCACAGAGCAUCACAUACAAUGGCUCCAUGGACAGCCCAGUGCCCUUGUACCCCACUGAUUGCCCUCCUUCUUAUGAGGCCGUCAUGGGGCUACGAGGAGACAGCCAGGCCACUUUGUUUGAUCCUCAGCUUCAUGAUGGCACCUGCAUUUGUGAGCGAGUAGCCUCCAUUGUAGAUGUGUCUAUGGACAGCGGGUCUCUGGUGCUGUCAGCCAUCGGUGACCUCCCUGGGGGCUCUAGCCCGUCGGAGGACUCGUGCCUGCUGGAGCUGCAGGGCUCCGUGCGCUCCGUUGACUACGUGCUCUUCCGCUCUAUCCAGCGCAGCCGCGCCGGCUACUGCCUGAGCCUGGACUGUGGCCUGCGAGGCCCCUUUGAGGACAGCCCCCAGCCCCGGCGGCCCCCACGGGCUGCCCGCUCCUAUUCCUGCUCUGCCCCGGAGGCCCCACCCCCGCUUGGUGCCCCCACAGCUGCCCGCAGCUGCCACCGGCUGGAGGGCUGGCCGCCCUGGGUGGGACCCUGUUUCCCCGAGCUGAGGCGGCGGGUUCCCCGGGGAGGCAGCCGCCCAGCAGCGGCCCCUCCCACCCGAGCCCCGACUCGACGCUUCAGCGAUAGCUCAGGUUCCCUCACCCCACCCGGGCACCGGCCUCCUCAUCCGGCUCCGCUGCCACCGCUGCUGCUGCCGCGGUCCCACAGCGACCCGGGCAUCACCACCUCCAGCAACACUGCUGACUUCAGGGACUUCUAUACCAAAGUGCUUGAGGAAGAAGCUGCUUCCAUUUCCUCUGCAGAUACAGGGCUCUGCUCUGAAGCUUGUCUCUUCCGUCUAGCCCGCUGCCCUUCCCCCAAGUUGCUACGUGCCCACUCAGCCGAGAAACGGCGCCCUGUGCCCACUUUCCAGAAGGUUCCCUUGCCCUCAGGCCCUGCACCUGCCCACUCCCUGGGGGACCUGAAGAGUAGCUGGCCAGGCCGGGGCCUGGUCACUCGUUUCCUCCAGAUAUCCAGGAAGGCCCCAGACUCCAGUGGGACUGGUGCCCAUGGACAUAAACAGGUGCCCCGGAGCCUGUGGGGCCGGCCAGGCCGAGAGAGCCUCCACCUUCGCAGCUGUGGUGAUCUGAGCUCCGGCUCCUCCUUGCGGCGCCUUCUAUCUGGCCGCCGGCUGGAGCAUGGUACCCGCCCCCAUAGCCUCAGCCUUAAUGGGGGCACCCGGGAGACUGGGUUCUGACCUGGGCUUAUUGUCACACCGAACAGAUCCAGAUGAAUGCUGGGUCCACAGGCACCAGCUGGUUGGGACCAGCAGCCCCCAGCACCCCCUUGCACUGGCUGGCACAAAAAGAAACCCGCUGUAUACCCCCAAAAGUGUCCCUUUCCCUCCUACCUCUGGGGGCUCCUGCUGCUUGCUACUGCCCCUUCAAACUGGGAGAGCUUCUGUCCUGUGCUGCAUGGGUAUUCAGGCUGUCGGGAGGAUAUUCCUCUGCUUACAGCAUUGGAGGAGGAAAACAAACUCCUGUACCCCUAGCAUGAGAGCGGCUCUUUCUGAUUUGCAGGGGCACUAUAGUCAGGGCAAGGCAUAUCCCUGUCUUUAAGUACGGGGGAAGUGUGCCUGUGCAAUGGGGGUGGUGAGGCAGGCAUGAAGGGUCAGAACAAUCUGGGUGGUCUCUCAGCUCUGCCACCUGUAGCUGCAUGACUUUGGGCAAGAUAUUUAACCCCAAUUUCUUGAUCCGUAAAACAUUGUGAAAAUGAAUGUUUAUAAAGCUCUUAACACACUAAGUAA